AUGCCUUCUGAAGUUCCAGUACCAUACGAGGCCAAAGGCACACCUAUAGUUGAGCGUGUUGAAUACAAUGGCGCCAAUUUCAAAACCGUAACUUGGAAAGUCCCUGAAACCGUUAAAUACAAGGGUAAAAUCAUUUACGUGCAUGGAUUUGCCGAACAGCUGAACAUAUACACUGAGCAUUUUGAUAACUUGUCACAGAAUGGGUACGAGGUGUUUUUCUUUGACCAAAGAGGUGCAGGUGAAACAUCUCCUGGAAAGCUUGUAGGUCAAACAAACGAGCAGUAUGUUUUCGAUGACUUGGAUUUCUUUAUCGAGAGAAACUCUAAGGAUAAACCAAAUGAAAAAUUUUACUUGAUGGGUCACUCCAUGGGUGGUGGAAUCAUUCUCAAUUAUGGUAUUCGUGGUAAACUCAAAGAUAAGGUUAAAGCUAUUGUUGCUUGUGGUCCUUUGGUUCUUUUGCAUCCAAAGACUCAACCAAACAUUGCUUCGAGAUUGGCAUUACCCUAUGUCGCCAAAAUCAUUCCAAGCUUUACUUUGGACUCAAAGUUAAACUUUGAUUAUAUCACGUCCAACGAUAGAUGGAGAAAAUAUAUCGAACACCAUGAUAAGAAGUUGAUUGGAAGCUUUGGUCAAUUCAACGAUAUGUUCAAAAGGGGUAAAGACUUGUUAAACCCUGCUUAUGCGGCCAAAUUCGAUCAGAAUAUUGCAGUCUACAUCCUACACGGAACCAACGAUCGCAUUAAUGAUAUUAAGGGCAGUGAACAGUUUUUCAACUUAUUGCCUGAUAAUGUCAACAAGGUCUUUGACAAAAUCGACGCAGGCAGGCACAGCUUGUUUAUUGAAAACGAUGAAUUGUACAAGUUGAUUUAUAAAAAGGUGUUGGAUUUUCUUGAUGCUUACUAG